GUUCCAGCCUAUCGGGCCAGGAGAGGAGCUGCUAGUGCGGUACAGUGUACAAGACAACCCGGAGAUAACAGCUGCACUAGAGGAAGAAAGAGUCAGCAGCCUGAGCAAGAAAAUUUCACCCGAGCUAAACGAGCCAGAACAAAUCUUUUGGAGACAGCCAGGCGGGCUGGUUUGGGAGGAUUCAAGCAAACAAGUGAAACUUAACCCAUGACAGAGAUGUGGGAAGGGGAACAAGGUCCUAAGGAGGAGGUGGACGAGAGGCCUUCUUCUUCAGGUCCUGUGCAUGCAGAGAUGAAUCCUGCUCCUGUUGAAAGUCCUGCUCCUACAGAUGUGCAGGACAUGUCUGUGGUUAUGAUUGAUGAGGAGGAGCUGGAGACUAGGGUCGACAAAGCAGGCGAUGCAGUCGAACCACAACAGCUGCCAUCUAUGCAAACUCCUCAGGAGACAUCUUUGACAGCUGAGUCGAGAGAAGAAGAGGAACAGUUUCCUAACUGCAGUAAACCUGGCGGGGAGAGUCCCCAGGACUUGCAACCUAAGUCGGAUUCUGCCUCUCUGCAGGGCCAGGAACUGGAAAGCCUGGAUGCGGAUAUCGACUUUGAUCAUGACCCUGACGGUGACCUUGAAGGUGACCUCCAGGGAGAGUCUCAUCCAUGCCUGCACUGUGAGCGCCACUUUUCCACCAAACAGGGUCUUGAGCGACACAUACACAUUCACACCACAGCCAACCAACAGACGCACCUCUUCAAGUGCCGCUACUGCGGAAAGUCCUUUGGCUCACAGGUUGGACGGCGGAGGCACGAGAGAAGGCAUGAGAGUGGGGCUAAGAAGAAGCCCGGCUCCUUGGCAGGAACUGCCAAUCUCCUUAGUUCAGGAGGAAAGGCUGGUGGUUCAAGUCCUGAAUACACAAGUCCGACCAAUUACAUAGCCAUAGGCUCUCAAUUUCCAGUAGCGCAUCAGCCCAUCCCUGAGUUGGCAAAGAAAGAGUCUAGGCCUGAAGCUGACCGACCUUUUACAUUGGAAGAGUAUGGUGAGUCCAAGGAACUGCACCCCUGUAAAUACUGUAAUAAGGCCUUUGGCACUCACACCAACAUGCGAAGGCACCAGAGAAGAAUACAUGAGCGCCACUUACUGCCAAAGGGUGUACGCAGGAAAGGCAUGCUGCCCCAGGAAGUGUCUGUCCAGAGGCUGCCAAAUGAAUCCCCCAGUGGCAGCCCCCCCCCUGUCUAUGUGCCCAGCGCCGACACAGAAGACGAGGCUGACAGAGAUGAAUAUGUAGUGGACAUAUCCAAAAAUAUCUCUGAAAAUCUGAGCUUCUACAUUGAUGGAAAAAUUUUGUCAACCAGUACAGUUAGCAACUGUGAGGUGAUAGAGGUCAAUUCUAGGUCUGCAGCACUGUUUGGCCUUGAUGCAAUGAUAAUCAGCCCCAGUCAAAUCAGCCAGGCAUUCAAAGUGGAGAGCAAACCUAUUGCUGGAAAACCGUUGGUGUCCAACCUCGGUCAGCCAACAUCAAAAAGGAGAACUACGACACCGCCUCUUAUUCCAUCUCUCAAAAUGGAAAAUGAAACAGGAUUUUCUGCAUCUUCUUCCUCAUCAUCAUCAUCAACCUCUUCCUCAUCAAAUGUAUUAGUAGGCGGACUGUUCUCCCAGUCCACAGAAUCAUUAGCAUUUCAAAAAGAAAAAACAGUCUAUCUUUCCCCUAAGCUGAAACAGCUCCUUCAGUCACAGGACAGUCAGAAGUCCACCAUUUCCCAGAUAGGAGACAGCCAUAGACUGGCCUCCCCUCUGUCGGUCACCUCACUGCCAGGGGCCUCGGGUCGGUUCAAGAGGAGAACAUCCUCUCCUCCGUCUUCCCCACAGCUCAGUCCCACACAGAAACUGGAUAUCUCUAAAGCGGAGGUCGGAAGCUUGUACACUCUUAAGGUGCCAAAGCUGGAGGGCCACCGCUUGUCCCCUGUGUUGAACCUUACUAUCCAUGAGGACGGAGAUACUGUUUGUACCACUGAAAAGGACAUGUCUAACCGGUCUUCCUCCAACUGUGGUGGAAAUGCCUGCAAUCAGCAACCCUUGGACCUGUCCAGCUCUGUCAGCAAGCGGAGUGACGUAAUUAGCAAGACGCUGGGCGAUUCUGCACUGGAUCUAAGUAUGCAGCGGAAGAGCACCAUGGAUCCUGAGUUAAAGGGCAAUCCACCACCACAGCCACCGACCAAGAAGAGAAAGCCAAACACGAGCAUGCUUGAGAAGGUUCUGAUGAAUGAGUAUGCUGGCCUCACCUCGGCAGGAGAAGAGGGCCCCGCUGCCUUGUCGAGCCUCGGGCCACUUCAGCCUCUCUCCCCAAGCAUGACGUCGGAAUCGGCCCACCCAUCGCCGCCCUCCCUCACGCCUGUCACCAUGAACCCCUCCUCCCCCGCCACUUCCAGCAUGACCUCCCCAACACCCCCUCCCCCAGUUCUGCCCACCAUACCACCAGAUAUGCCUAGCUCUCCUCGUUCAGAGCCCUCCGACUGCUCUGUGUCCAGACCUCUCCCGGUGCUAUCACCCAAGAGCUCUCCCAGGUCCAAUGUGGACGAGGUUCCGUCUGAUACGGAGGAGGAGACAUCGAUGGCUCCAGAAGUCCAGCACAGUGUUGAUGAGAAUCACGAGCAACUUGAUUCAGCCCCUCACACACCAGUCAAAGAUCCUCUAAAGAGCUCAUCCACUCCUAGCCCAACUCAGCCCACACCAGCAGAGCCUCCCACUGUGGAGUUUGAAGUUCUACAGAAACAAGACAAUUGUCUGACCAACGGCAAGCCGGAGAGUAAAGACCCCGGCUCCAUAACAGAUGCCAAGUCCUUGUCCCCUGACUCUGCGCCUUUAACAUCCCAACCACACUCGCCUGUCGUGCCCACAUCUACAACCACAUCGCACAAUACAUCCCCACCAACGCUGUCGCCAUCUGUUGUUCUGCCCGUGAAAAAGAAGGAUCCCGUUCACUACUCGGAGGGGAUGUCGGACAUAAGCCAUGACGCAGAUGACUCGACAUGUCCUGCUGUAAAAGAAACUCCCAAGGAGAAGGGAGAGGAUUCGGAGACCUUCUGCAAGACCUUUGUAUGCAACGUCUGUGAAGAACCAUUCCCCUCCAUAAAAACUCUGAACGGGCACAUCGUUGCCCACGCUGUUGAUUGGCCUUAUAAAUGUGAAUUCUGUGUGCAUUUGUUUGUGGAGGCCCGGGCCCUGCUAGCUCAUCGAACGUCCCUACACGGCGUAGGCCGGAUCUUCGUGUGCUCCGAAUGCUCGAAGGAGUUUGCCUUUCUCUGUAACCUGGAGCAGCAUCAGAAGGAUCUGCAUCCGAGUCAGACCUGCACGCACACCACGGUGGAAAGUGGCAAACUGAGGCCACACAACUACACAGACCCAUCCAGGGCCAAAGAGGAGAGCCGACCCUCCACACCAGCACCAGAGAGCGAGGAGGAAGCGGCUCCAGAGAGGGAGCCCACUGAAAAGGCCCCUGAGGUUAACGGACAGUCGGCAGACGAUGAGCCGGAGCCAGAGGACUCCUCAGAGGAACUGUACACUACAAUAAAAAUCAUGGCCUCUGAGGGAGGGAAGCCCAAAGGCCCCGACGUCCGCCUCGGCCUCAAUCAACACUACCCUAGCUUUAAGCCGCCGCCUUUCCCCUACCACAGCCGAUCCCACGCCGGCUCUGUUGCCUCGGCCACCAACUUCACCACCCACAACAUACCGCAAACCUUCAGCACAGCCAUCCGCUGCACAAAGUGUGGCAACAGUUUUGACAACAUGCCUGAGCUGCACAAGCACAUAUUGGCCUGUGCGAACGCUAGCGAUAAGAAGCGCUACACUCCUAAGAAGAAUCCCAUCCCUCUUAAACAAAUAGUGAAGCCACAGAAUGGCGCCUUGUCGCCAGCCGCGGCCAGCGCCGGACAAAGUGCUUUCCGUCGAAUGGGCCAGCCUAAGAGACUCAAUUUCAAUCAAGAGGCCUCUGGCAAAGCCAAAAUGAGUUCCCUUAACAAGAAGAAGAACCAGUUGGUCCAAAAGGCGAUUUCACAGAAAAACAAAACGGCCAGCAGUGUGAAAAAGGCUUCUGUUAAAGUGGAGGAGCAGGACCCCGAGCCGCACAUCUGCCCUCACUGCAGCCGCGAGUUCACCUACCCCGCCAGUCUCAGCAAACACAUUGCCAUCAGCUGUCCCAUGAAGCCUGAGCCCAAAAAGGGCAAGAAAGGGGACGUUAAACAGGAUGCACCCCAAAUGAGCCUGAGAAGGAAAGCCACAGAUGUGGACGCCGCCGAUUCGGAGCCCAAACCGCUUGGGAAGACCCGGGCUCGCAGCUACGGUGCUGCCGAGCCUGAACUCCUGCCGGCCAGCAAGGGAAGAACAGGCGCUCCCGUGGGCCGGCCUAAAAGACCUGCCUCGUUCCCGGCCUCACCAGCGGUGACUGGUAAAAAAAAGAAGAAGGGCCAAGCUCACUCUCCACCACCACCACCACCUCCUGCCAUGCCGGUCCCGGACACUCCAAGUGACCCGGCGCAGCGACCUGCUGUGAAAGCACAGCGCAUGGGGAAGGAGGCGGCGCCCAAGAAGGCCCCAGAGGGCAACUCUCCGCUCGGGCAGCAGGCGAAAAAGGAGGAGCGCUUUUCCCUGCGAACCAGGGAGAGGGUGGGCGGACCGGUCACCAGGAGCCUGCAGAGCGUCAACACGGUGGCUACCGUGGAGGUGAAAACCGAGCAGCCGCUCGUCCCGGAGACAAAAGAGCCUCAGGAGACGCCGUUGAAGUGAGCUAUGCAGACAUGCUGGUCAUUGCCUGGGAAUGUGAUGCUCACCCUCCCUUUGUGAGAUGUUCCGGACUAACACUUGGUGCUGAGAGCACCAAGGUGGCCCAUUAGCGAAGACUGUAUAGCGGCCAACGCUAGUGAAGUCUGUUUGCUCGCUAUGGCCUCGCUGGCUGUGAAGAGGGAGUCCUCUUAAUCUUCCAUUUAUACUCUCAACUGAGCCUGGAUUUAAGCCACCUGCAAAAAAACCCUGAUGAAUUUAAAAGAAAAAACCUGACUAAAAGACAUUGAGUUUUUGGUUACAAAUCUGUGUCACUACUAGACACGACAACAUUAGGGUUCUGUUGUUUUAAAACUGAUAUAUUGCAAAUGGCAAUCAUGUAUCAGUACGCAAAACUAGUUUGGUGUCUCUUUUCCGUUCUACGUCCUAUUUGUUUAUUUGUUUUAAUUGAUCUUCAGAUGUUUCCAGAGUAUCAUGCAUGUGCUGAAUAGAUGCAUAUAAACUAGAAAAAAAAGCCAUUCUUCCAUAUCAUGUCAUGUCCCACGUCUACAUUAGUAACAUUGAGUUAAAAAUGAAUAUGUAUGUUUUUGAUUUUAAGAUUUUCUAGUCAUUAUAUUGUAGAAUAUAUCCUUUUUUUUUUUUUUUUUGGGAAACAAAGGUGAAACGGCAGUGGCUUACUGCAGAACUUGGUCCUCAGGAACACUGUAUAUGUCUGUAUGUGUUGAAAACGUGUACAUGGAAAUGGCUGGGUGUGUGUGUGUGGCCUGGCGGCUUUGUUUUGCUCUCAACUCGAGUAUAUUCUCGCUUUCUUCUAUUGUGCUUACCUGAACAACGUAACAUUGUUUUGAUUGGUUCCGAUAACAAAAUGGUGGUAAUGUAAGGGCCCUCCUUUUGUAGAGAAUGUAGGUUACCAGAUUUGGAAAAAUACUGCCAGAAAUGUCCAUUAUCUUUUCUAACACUUUGGGUUAAGUGCCCCUCCCCACCGGAAGAAAACAUAAAUGAAAGUAAUGUGUCAUUCUUACAGCACUUUAAAUGAGCUGCCAAAAUUCUAGCUAGAUCAAUAAUAUGUAAUGUUACCUGUAUGUGUACUGUUGUACACAAGUGACACAUGGUUUGCCACACCAUAGGUUGUUGGAAAACUAUUCUGAUUAUUUGUUUUCCUUUUAAUUGAACUCUAAAGUAGUUUUCUGUAUUAUGCUAUGCCAAAAAGAAAAGCACAGGUUUGAAUUUUCUGGGGGAUUUACACGCCGAUCAUAAUCAUUGUGAUAUUUCUCGAGAACUCUUGAAAUAUUUGAUUACUUUCAGGAAUAAUGCUGGUCUACCAUAACUUUCAACGUUUUCGUUGAGGCGUCUUUUUCGAGACUGUGUGUAGUGCAUGUAAUGAUGUACAGUCAAGUCCCUAUACAGCAACAAAAUAAGGUGUAUUGUUUCCUUUUAACAAUUCUCUUCCCACUUCUCACUCUGGACCAUAUGUGAACCAACCAUGAUGCAGAUGGGGGCAGUGCUCCAUGGCUUGUAGCAUGUUUUAGAGAAGGACCCUUAAUGGAAUAUCAUUUAGGUAAGGUAAUUUAUGUUUCCAUGAGAAAUAUUCGUACAUGUUUUGCCUUUUAGCAAUAUGUAUUUUAGGAUGAACAAAGACCGGUAUCCCUAAUGACCUCAAGCAAAACGUUACUGUAAUUGACAUAAUAAAAGUUUUUCAAUUUGGGUUAA